GGGAAAGUUCCGUAAAAUAAAAAAGUAAUAUAUAUAUAUAUAUAUAUAUAUAUAACGGGAAAGCUAGAAACAAGACGAAAUGCCUCAAGUCUGAAAGAUAUAAUCAAAGAUUCUAGAUUUCUCCAUAUCUUAGCGUUUUACUUCUUCAAAAGUUGUCUCAAGACUUGAAAAAAAAGAAGUAUAUGCUCAACUUUUUUUUGUCAGCAGAAUAUGCUCAACUAAAUAUCUUUUUGUUUAACUUUAUCUCAACUAAGUCUCUUUAACGUUAAUCUAUACUCGAAUAUAACCAAAAAUAUCGCAUUGUUGUUGUAAAAAUGUACAUUGUACUACACACCAAUCUCCAACCAAAAAAAACAAAACCCUUAUAAUUACCCCACACGCACACACACAAUAAGUAAACCCUCACAUCUCAAGUUAAGAAUAUCUCUAAACAAUAUGAACGGCAUGAGUAGAUCUUCUACGGCGGCUCCCGCACCUUCACCGUCGGCCUUAUUCCAACAUCGCCGCCGUCAUCACGGUGGCAUGAUGCACAUGACGUUCUUUUGGGGGAAAAAUACAGAGGUUCUAUUCGAUGGCUGGCCAGGGACUAGCCUGAAAAUGUAUUGGGUCUGCCUUGCCACCGUUUUCGUCUUUUCCGCAUUGUCGGAGUGGUUGUCUCGAUGCGGGAUCAUGAAAGCCGGUCCGGCUAGCUUAGGCGGCGGGCUAGCCCAGACCGUGAUUUACACUGUGAGGGCUGGUUUGUCUUAUCUGAUCAUGUUGGCUGUGAUGUCCUUCAAUGGAGGAGUCUUCUUGGCUGCAAUGGCCGGGUUUGGAGUAGGGUUUUUGAUUUUUGGAAGUAGGUCUUUUAAGGACACUGGCAUUAAUAACAAUCACACCGAGGUUCAAUCACAUUGUUGAUUCUUAUUUGUUUUCAUAUCAACUCUGCUGUUUGUGGGCUUUAUCAUUUUAUUUUUGUUUCCCGUUGAAAUAACUAUAACAAUGAAAAUAAAAUCUUUCAAGAUUUUUAGAUUAAGC